CGUGCGUGGGCCCCGGGGUGUCUAAUGAGGGGCGUGUGGUCUCGUGAGGAGUUAGGAGUUUCUCCCGAAAGAAGUAGAAGAAUAAAUGGGUCCGGUAAUUGGAAUGACUCCAGAUAAGAGAGCUGAAACCCCAGGAGCUGAAAAGUUUGCAGGAUUAAGCCAGGUUUACAAAAUGGGAAGCUUGCCUGAAGCUGUUGAUGCUGCCAGGCCCAAGGCCACUCUAGUGGACAGUGAGUCAGCAGAUGAUGAACUCACAAACCUGAACUGGCUUCAUGAAAGUACUAAUCUUCUUACAAACUUCAGCCUCGGAAGUGAGGGUCUUCCAAUUGUUAGUCCUUUGUAUGAUAUAGAGGGAGAUGAUGUGCCAUCCUUUGGAUCAUCUUGCUACCAGAAAUCAGAGAAAAAAUCAGCAACCUCAAAGCCCCCAUACUCCUUUAGUCUUCUCAUUUAUAUGGCUAUUGAACACUCUCCAAAUAAAUGUUUGCCUGUCAAAGAAAUUUAUAGCUGGAUUCUGGACCACUUCCCGUAUUUUGCUACCGCACCAACAGGCUGGAAGAAUUCUGUUCGACAUAACCUGUCCCUGAAUAAAUGUUUUCAGAAAGUGGAAAGAAGCCAUGGCAAGGUUAAUGGAAAAGGUUCCUUGUGGUGUGUUGAUCCAGAAUAUAAACCCAAUCUUAUCCAGGCACUGAAGAAGCAACCAUCUUCCUCAGCAUUAAGCUACACACCUCCUGCAUCUCCACAAAGUGAUUCUCUAUCACCUCACUACUUAAGCUGUGUACUCAAGCAGAACCAGGUGCGAACCCUUAAAGAAUCUGAUAUCGAUGCUGCCACUGCAAUGAUGCUUUUAAAGACUUCUAUAGAACAAGGAAUUUUAGAAUGUGAGAAGCCUCUUUCACUUAAAACAGCAUUGCAAAAAAAAAGGAGUUAUGGCAAUGCUUUCAAUCAUCCCAGUGCUAUACGAUUACAACAGAGUGAUACUUUAGCCACCAGCAUUGAUCCAAAAGAAGAUCACAAUUACAGUGCAAGUAGCAUGGCAGCCCAGCGUUGUGCAUCCAGGUCUAGCAUUUCUUCCUUGUCUUCUGUGGAUGAGGUGUAUGAAUUUAUCCCAAAGAGCAGCCAUGUAGGAAGUGAUGGCAGUGAAGGAUUCCAUAGUGAAGAAGAUACAGACAUUGAUUACGAAGAUGAUCCUCUUGGAGACAGUAGCUAUGCUUCACAGGCUUGUGCGGAUGCCUCUGGCAAAAGGCAGCCAGGCAAAAAGAUGCGAAAAACGUCAUGUCAAGAAAUCGAUGAGGAGCUCAAAGAAGCAGCUGGCUCUCUGCUCCACCUUGCUGGAAUUCGUACAUGUUUAGGUUCCCUAAUAAGUACUGCAAAGAUACAAAAUCAAAAGCAGCGGAAAAAAUAGAAAUAUUUGUUAGUGUGAAACAAUUUUAAAAUGUGGCAAUAUUCUUCUCCUUAAUUCUUUAUAAGGGAUAUCAAAGCCAUAAUGGACUUUAUUAGUAUUAGGGUGAGGGAGGGGUGCUAAUUUCUUGUUUCUUUUAGAAGAUUUUUGUGUUUUUUUUUUUAAUUUUAUUAAACAAUUGCUGUUAAGAUCAUGCCCAAUCAUAAAUAUAUGAUGUGAAGUCCUGAAAGUAUAAUUUUUGUGAUAAGUGUCUCUGAGAUUUAGAAAAUUUUAUAUAAGAAAAUCCCAGCCUCUGUCUUAAACUUGUAGGAAAAAUCUUUUCUUCUGUUAAUAUGUCAAAAUGUAAGAUUUGGCAGUUCUAUAACAUUUUUUCAUUUUUAUUUUCUAAUCUAUAAUUAACAAUAGUUACUGAUCCAGUUAAAAAAUUUACUUAUGUUUUUCUCAUAUACUCCUCUUCUGAUACACAAUUCAAUAGGAUAAGAUUUUUAUUUUUUAUUUUUCUUCAUUUUUGUUUUUUAAUUUUUCUAUUUUUUUUUUUGUGUGUGUGGCAUGAGUAAAGUCAAAUAUCAAUCAGAGAAGAGCCUAGAUGUCUAGAAAGUUCCUUUUGAUUACAUAAGUAGAGAAUAUAACAAAGAAUUCUAACAAUUAGAAAAGGCAAUUUUGUGGUGCGGUUUCAUCUAAGAACACUCCAUUUCCUAUUACAGUGGUAUCUUAGAUAUGUUUUUGCUUCACAGAUAUUGCUGUAUUGCAUUUUAUUAGCUCAAAGUGCUUUGCAACCAUUUGUAACAACCAUUAGCUGUCUUUGUUCAAUAGAAAUGAUCCAAUGAGAGGAUAUAGCCAUAGAGUGUGUUAUGGAAGAACACUCAUUUUCACACAUUUUUGCAAUAAGAGAAUCUUUAGUUUAUUUACUAAAUAUACUACAUUCUAAGAAAUAUCGUAGAAAAGGAGUGUGAUAAAACAUUCUAAGUAUAUAAUACUUAGGUCAUCAUAUAUAAAAGUAGGUCAUUUAGGGGAAAAACUCUGUCCAAGCUUUGCAGGAAUCAAAUGUGUACAUAUGCCAAAUAAAAUUUUUAAAGAUUUAACAGAAUUGCAGAGGCAAAAUACCUUCAUAGAUUUCAAAAUUUGUAUAAAAUUAGAUCUUUUGCAAUACACUCUUGAGGCAGUGUAAUACCUAUUUGUGCCAUUAAUCUAUUCUAGAUUAUUUUAUUAUUUACUGUUCCAAAAAUAUAUCGACUAAGGUAUUUUAAGUAUUUGAACAAAUCUGCCCAUGUGAAAUAAUUUUUCAUAAUAUCAUUUGUAUAGUUUGACUAUAUUAUUCAGAAAGAACAUGGGAUACUAACAAACUAAACCUAUUCAUUAUAUAUAUAUUUUUUAAUGGUGGUGAAGCAACGUUCCAAAAGUUGAAUAUGAUCUCAUGCUACAUCCUAUGUCAUAGACAAUGAGCUUGUUUUUUCAUUUUUUUGACAACAUAUAUAUGUACAUACACAUAUACACACAGCUAGUCUCAUGGUGUUUAUUUGCUGCUUUCAGCUGUUUCUAUGAUUAUAAAGCAUUGACUUGGAUUUUCUUUUCAAGAGACAAAUAUUUUUAUUUUAACUUCUAAAUUUUAUUUGGGCAAAAUUGUCAAAUGAGAACAAUGAUAAUACAAACAUAUUUUUUAGAUGACAAGACUUUAAGAAGCCAGGGAUAACAGCAUUAAUGUUCUAGGUCCUUUUCCAUUCUAAUUGUGAUUAAACCUGGAUAGAAUUGGUGCAGUUGAAAUAUAGUAACUUUUUAAAUUUGUUAUAAUGAAAAAUAACCCUUAAGCAUGCAGGAUGAGGUAUUCAGAAUUUUUUCUUUUUCAUACAUGUCACAUCUACAGAAAAUAGCCAAACCAAGCUAAUACUGUACUAAAAACAGUGACUAAAACACCUCCAAAAAUGCUUUUACCACAGUAUAAAUGUUAAUUACAGAUAUUUUAAUAAUACAUUAUUUUAAAGCUGUUUACCACAGUUCUGUGGAUAGACCUUAGUUAACAGUGUUUCAGUUAUCUGGUUCCAGUUUAUUUUGUUCUACUGAAAUCUGUACCACAAAUGUUCUUCCUGAUUCUUGUCCAUUAGGUAAUUACUCUUUAUAAGUAAAGGAAAAUGAUCUAUGAUAAGGAGGCAAAGAGUUAUUCCCAGCUCUAAUAGGUACCUCCAUAGGUUAAUACACUUAACAUUAAUUCUUUAAAUCCUUUGAUUUUCUUCUUUCAUACACUUUUCCCCAAAAUUUAAGUGUUUAAGUUACAUUCCUCACUAGCAAGGACAGUAAACAUCUGUGAACCAAAAGCUAAUGGGGAGAAAUUACAUAAUAUUUUACACUUAAUUCUUGUACAGAAUUUGGUGCAUCACAUUUGCUAAUAUACCAAGGCAGUUAUUUUUCAAAGAAAAAAACCUUUUCAAUUAUAGUCUCCUUAUCAUUAUGUUCAUAGAGAUAAUGAUCUCAUUUCUCAGGUGUGUUGGAAUAGAAACAUGGCUAGUAACAGCCACAUAAGGAAAGCCAUUCCAAUUCAUACAGAAUUUCCUAUGGACUGGAAAUGGUAUUCCCAAUAAAUAUUAAUAACAAAUUUUACUGUAAUAAAGACAACUUGGAAACUCUAGUGAGAUUACAUAGUUUCCUAAAUAUUUUAAAACAGUGAUUUAAGCUAGCGUAUAAUUCACCUUUCAUCAAAAUAACAUAAAUUUGGUUGCAACCAAUUCCAGUUUAACCAAUUCCUUAGAUCCCUAGGAAAAGUUCUGACAGUUUUUAAUCUUCAUCCUUCACUUCGCUAAUAGAAUCAGUGUUUUUUAAUAUAUGUUUUUGAAAUUUAUUUGUGCAAUAUAUUACUAAAUUAGUAUUUUACUUUUUAAAAUUCAAAGGAAAAAAAUGGAUUACUUGUGUUCAUGGAAGAGCUAUUUUAUCACCUCCCUUUUCUUCCUCAUAGCCAGCAUGACUUAAGAUUUUUUUGUAUAUAGUAAAGUUUAGGAUAUAUGUUUUUUUUUUUCUUCUGCAACUUUCUGAGGCAUUAUGUAAAGGGUUCAUAUUAGAUGGUGAGUUAAAUACUUGUUAGCAGAAAUUCAAAGCUAGAGAAAGUGUUAAGGAGGAAAUGUAUGUGUCUUGGUAGACCAGAAGGAGGCCUUCCCCAGCAAUUUAAGCAACAGAUGUGAAUACAUCAUAAAACUGUAAAGACUAUUGUCUUAAUUUACUAUAGUAGCAACACCCUUUUGUGAAGACCAUAGCAUUUAACUAGGAAACUUUGAGGCUUUCUGGUUUACAUAUAUUUUUAUAGUUUUUGUUAGUUUGAAAUGUGUCAGCUUUGAUUUAAAUAAAGUUUACUUUGAAUUGUUAAAUGACAUAGUCAAAAUAUUUAUUGAAAGUCAAAAUAGAAUAUUUUAAUGUUAUACCUGAAAUUUUUUCUUUAAGCACAUUCUUUGCAUCUAACUGCCAGUGCCAUCAUCAGACAUGUUUUUAAAAUUGUUGUACAUUUAUUAAACUAAGUGCUUAAUUUUAAAGUAUUAUGUUGCCGUCAUAUAGUGUAUAAAAAUGUGUAAUUGCCAAGUCAUUGUAACUAUUAUUUAUUUUUAAAAUGAAAGUGUAAGAAUGCUUUCUGAUUUAAGAAAUUUGUUAUUAAACUAUUGUUUCUUUA